UUAAAAUAAUAAUUUAAAGACUUCAUAAAUUCAAAAAUUUUAGUUUGAACCCGAAUACCUGGUAAUGAACGAUUGUACAUAUAUUAAACGUAGAUAGUAAUAGCAGUAUGAUUUAAUGUCGUAUAAUAUAGAAGUAAAAUAGUAGGUACAUGAGACUUUUAGACUUAACUUUAAAGCGUCAAUAAUUUAUUUGUUCAAGUUAUAAUAACGUAUUUGCGAGGGAGGGACAUCUCUUCUUAACCUACCUUUUUUUAGUUAUUUUUAUAAAGUUAUAGAUGUAUUUUUUCCAUUUAUCACUCUAUCAGUAAGUAAUACAAUUUUGAACCGUUUGGCAUCGACAAUUUUAGUUAUAUCUUCUCACUAAAUACGCAUAUAUGGCUAUAUAUAUUAUUAUUGUAAUAAUUUAACUAUUGUAAUUUGAUUAUUGUAUUGAAAUAAUGGUAUUGAUUUUGCUGAAAUAAAUAAAUAAAUAAUAAUAUACCCUAAAUCCUAAAUACGCCACUGGAUCAAGUGUCUUAUUUUCUCUUGAAUUAUAUUACUCCGUAUAUCUAUAGCCAAUAUAAUAUGACUUCUGAUGACGGGCACUUGACUGUAUAAUGUAUACUCAAAUAUAUUUUAACUGUUGUAUAUGUUUAUGAAAUCAUCAAAACCUGUGUUUGUUUGUCGUCAGUUCAAAUCGGUCAAUAAAUAUAUAGGUAUUUUUUAUUAACUCAUUAUACUCAUAUACAUAUAUAUUACUGGAACAUCUUCGGGACACCAGAAUUGGAGAGGAUCCUUCACCUUCUUCUUUUGUAUGAUUUUAUUUUAUCUCAAAAUUUAAAUAUUGUCGUGUUUAUUUUAUUGAGUUUGACCAAUUAUCAUAAAAAUAAGCUUAUGGACAGAAAGAUAAUAUGUUGUAACUUAUUCAUUUAUAUUGAAUAAGUCAUGAUAUAAUUUAUCGAAAUAUUUUAUUUUUUAAAUUAGACAAGUUGAGUCAAAAAUAUACACAAAUCAUUUUAAAAAUAAGACCAAAUUAAAAUUAGAUUUUUAAUUAAUUUAAAAAAUAUGAGAAAUCAUUCCAAAAAUUAAUCGACCUAUUCGACCUACUUGCCAAACGUGAAAAUGUGAAUAUGUUUUUGAGGAGGCUAUAUGUAAAUUAUACAUAUACGCGUAUGUACCAGCAAGAAUCUUCUCCCUAGUUAGAUAGUAUGCCACAAAAAAUAUUUUGCAUCCGAGUCGACCGAGUCGUCAUUGUUGGUCUUCAAUCAUCGUGGGCGAUGACAUCAUCGUUUCCUUCGCUGUGCGAUUAGUGCUUACAUCGGCCGGCAGGUCGCGUGUCGUGUACCGAAUAAAAAUAACCCACGCCGCGUCCGACAUUGGUCCUCGCGCGUAGUACCGUAGUCGUGCGUUCGUGCCAGUGGCCGCCGCACCUUUGUCGUGUGUUUAUGCCUGUGCGAUAUAAGUGAUAGUAAAGUGCAGUGCAUAGUAUCAUAAUAUAGUGUCGUAUAUUGUUAUAUUAUUCGAGAAACGGAAACCGUCUUCGCCGCCGUCGUUUCACUAAUUGAUGUCCUGCUUUGAAUAUUAUUAGUCAAAUUUGACCAUCGGCCAUGAGUAGUAUGAAAAGGGGGAUUCAAACACCGCAGCCGCAGCCGCAGCCGCAGCCGCCGCCGCCGCAGCCGCUACGUACGUGACGUAACGUACCCCCCUCACUCUCACCCUCACCCACAGCCGCCGCCGCCGCAGCCGCUACGUACGUGACGUAACGUACCCCCCUCACUCUCACCCUCACCCACAGCCGCCGCCGCCGCAGCCGCUACGUACGUGACGUAACGUACCCCCCUCACUCUCACCCUCACCCACAGCCGCCGCCGCCGCAGCCGCUACGUACGUGACGUAACGUACCCCCCUCACUCUCACCCUCACCCACAGCCGCCGCCGCCGCAGCCGCUACGUACGUGACGUAACGUACCCCCCUCACUCUCACCCUCACACACAGCCGCCGCCGUCAAACGAUCGCGUACGUGUGCGACAUACGUUUUCAGUUAUCACAUGUUAUCAAUAAUUUAUUUUUAUCAGUUAUCACACAUUAUUUUUUUUAUCAGUUAUCACACAUUAUUUUUAUCAGUUAUCACACAUUAUUUUUAUCAGUUAAUAACUUAUUUUUAUCAGUUAUCAUAUAUUUAAAAAUAUAAUAUUAUGGGUUAGAAUCGAAUCGUGAGGGUAACAUUGUAUAUAUAUAUUUAAGUACAUGCUAAAUAAUAUACAUAAUCAUAUGAAUAUUCUCACAACGUAAAGUUCCCUCUUAUAUACUUGGGGAAAUAAUAUACAAAAAUGUACAUUAAGCCUUGAUACAUAGAUACGAUCUGCUUAUUGUCCCCGACCGGCCACCCACUAAUAAUAUUAAAAUGCCUAUUAGUGAAUAACACACACACACACACACACACACACACACACACACACACACACACACACACAUUAAUAACUGAUAUACUUUUGUGUCUAAAAUUCCAUAUUCUCUCAUGUCGUCAGGAUGACGCCGACUCAUAAUGUAUAUCCUUAAACCAUCACAGAUCCAUAUUCAAUUCAUCGAUAAUCACACAAUACCUUGCAAAAACUCUACCGUCGCCACCCCCUACGUUUGGCGUCGGGUUGACAAUAAGAUACACCUUAUUUAAUAAACUAAAUGACUCUAUAGAAAUUCACACUAACUGCUCGUCUUUACGAGGUGGCGCCGACUCAUAAUGUAUAUCCUUAAACCACCUCUCACAUUCCAGCAAAAUCCAUUAAUAUUGAAAAAUGCCCCCCCCCCCCCACCUAUUAUAGAGACUCCUGACUUAAAGAGUCGGUGUCUGUUUAGUCCGUCUACUGCCCUAAACUGGUGUACACGUAGUUUUCGUUCGCUCCGUCUUUAUAAAUUUUAGUGUUUUUUAAAGUGUGUGUUUUUAUUUUCAAAAAUAAUUUUAAUCAUGGCUGGUUCAAUUGGAAACAUGGCUAAAGUGUACAAGAAGAAUUUCACAUAUGUACCACCAACACCGCCUGCAGAGCUCAUCGACUGUAAUAAUUUCACACUAGACUUCACCGGCCGUAAGUUUUUGAAUGUAGGACUUGAUCCUACGGACGAAUUCAACACCGUAGUACAAAUUAUCACACCAUCGCGGUAUAUUAAUAUGCCAGCCGACUUUCUAAGACGUAUAUUUUCCCUGAUGGGGAAUAUAUUGUCGUUUAUUUUGGAUCAACCGCAAAAAUAUAAGCGAAAUUUAUUUCUGGAAACCGAAAUUAUUUCGCUGUCUAGUAUGGUGUAUCAAGGGGAAAAUAUGCUUGUCAUCGAAUCAAAAACACAAGCUGGAUGUCGAGUAUUGCUAAAUCGUGCAGAUUUAAUGAAAUUACAAUACAUGGAGGAGAGUAUUUUCGAAACGUUCGCACGAAAGUCAGCCAUCAUACGUCCUGUUGUAUUAAGGCAAUUUGAAAUUAUUGAAAAUUAUAUAGACCGGGAAUUUACCAAUGUGCAAUCGCCACCGAAAACAGUUGACGAAAUGAUAAUUUUUAUUAAAAACCUUCAGACCGAUCAAAUCAUCAAGAAUAUCGACUUAAAUUUUGUUAGUCAGCUGAAAAUGUGUGCAGCACGGAAAUUAGCUGAACAAUGGUCUCAACGAUGGAGCGGAGGAAUGUCACCAGAGUUAAUCGUUAACCACAUUUCGCCAUUGUCGCCGAUGACAUCGUCAACGUAUUCGCCGUCCAUGUCCAAUCACAUAAUUUUGGCUCCGAACAAAUAUUCAUCACCGUCCCCUCAAUAUACCGAUGACACCGAUGCGCAGCCGCCGCCGACCAAACCAUGGGAUAUAACGCCGCGACAAUUAUUCUCACCGUCUUUUUUCGAUGGUGAAUGUUCGCAGAUCAAUCUUACGCAGGCAACAUAUCCAGCAAGCUCCACAGUUGACGAGAACGAUGGACCAAUUAAUGUGUUUAUCAAUGAGAAUGAUGCUCCUACCAGUCUACCAUCAUCAUCAUCAUUACCGGUGUUCAUAGACAAUCAUUCUACAGGACACGUUUCGAACGAGUACCCCCUAUGGUAUAAUAACCGUAUAAAAUCUACGGGCCCUGCUGUUGACGAAAACGACGGUCCGUCGUCUCUCAACCACUCGCCAUCUAUUCUCGACUUCACAGGUGGCAAGCCCACGAAAAAGCGGAACGCAAAACGCAAACUCUUUGAAUGAUAUUGUUUAAAUAAUUUUGUGUGAAAUAAAAAAACAAGCGUGAUACUUAAAACAA